AUGUCUAAGGUUGCAAAAAGUGGAUUGAAGUUCGUAAAGAAGAGAGUAGCUGGACAUAAGCGCUCGGCUGAGGAUAUCGAGGACGAGGCGUACGAGAGAGAACUCGCUAUCCAAGCGGCAAGAGAAGCCGGACUCGCGAGCAACGUCCACCCGUCUCAUCAGGCUCAGACCGUUCUCCCGCCGAAAGCGGAAGAAGAUGAACUCGCUACCGCUCAAGCCGCCCCUAGUCCGCUGUUACAGGUGAAAAAGUCGAGCGAGGAUUGGGAGUUGUUCAACAAAUUAUUGGGCAAGGUCGAAACCACUGUGCAGUCGACCAGACAGACCAUCGAGAAAGUCGAGGAAUCAUCAGUGGUGGAAGAAAUUAUCGAAAAAGAGAGAAAAUCGCAAGUUGUGGUCCCCGAAUACAAGGGCAUAAAAUCGUUUGAAGAAGCGAAACGAGAGAAAGAAGAACGAGAGCGGGAAGCACUGAGGCAGCGUCGAGACGCCGACGAUUGGGAACGUGCUUUUGAAAGUACUGCCAAGAAAUCCGAUGAUCUUUUCCUCGGCGACUCCGACGAGCAGUCCAGACUCCCCUUCGCUAACUUCGGCUCUUCUUCCUCAUCUUCCGCCAAACCGAAUAUACCUGCUGAAGUCGAUCCUUUCGACACCGCAUUCAUUGCUCCGAUCCAUAACACAAGCGCAGACCCAGCCGCGUCUCUGAACUGCGAACCAGAUCCUUUUGAUACGAAGACGAUCGACGCCCGUAUCGAGGAAGUUGAGAAGCAAACCCAGCGUAGAAUGUCCCUGUCUGGAUCCGCGAACCCCUUCGGAGCUCCCACUGGAGUUCAGGCCGACCCGAAUCCCCGCGCGCGUCCGCCGUCGCGACCCACGGCGGGCUCUUCCUUGUUCAGCUCUACCGAGUGUUCACCCGUAGAAAUCCCGGAUGACGUACAGAAUUUCUUCAAAAAUCAUUCACGAAGGUCAUCCACAAAUCCUUUCGACCCUCCUGAAAUCGCGGCGAUCGAGCCGCUUAGCACUGAGGACACCAUUCGUACCGGUGCAGCUCUCCUCCAGGCGAUUGCCAGCGAGUUCGCGAACAAAGACGAUGACGAGGACCUCUUCCACAAGACUCUCGCCAGUAAAGGUCAACUGCCACCUCCCUCUCCGAUGAGCCCCUUCUCUGAUACAGAGAAUCAGGAUCAGAACGUGAUCCCUACUUUCGAAUUUUCGUUUUCUCCUUCUGAGCCCAGUCUUCAGGAUAUCCACUAAGCCGUGAUGAGCUCAUAGUCCACGAGGCUGCCGGCGAUUAAGUAAGCGGUGGCGUCUUCCACAGCGACGGAAGCUCCGGUCGAUCCGUUCACGGGUUCAGGAGCGCCGACCGUGGGCGCUCCUCCAUUAGCUCCGCAAGCUGUGCCUGCGGCAGCGCCACCAACUGUCCCCGCGGACGCGUUCCAGCUGGCUUUCGGCAAGAAGAGUAUUGACCUGGACGAUGUGCCCCCGCAAGCCCAAACAGAACUACCCCCUGGACAGGUUCCUCAGGCCUUACAGAGCGUGAAGGAUUCCUUUGACCCCUUCAAGGGACGUCAACAAGGCCUCGAGUUGCCCACGAAUAUUCCAGCUCCAGUUUCCGGAGCUCCGACUCCGGGCUCGGACGUAUUCGACAACGAGCUUCGUCAGCAGGAAGAGGAGCUCUUCGGUUCCAAGACCUCUUCGGGGGUGAAGUCGCCCCCGGAGAGACCCGCCGGACCGCCGAAACCAGUGCAACUAGCGAAAAACGAAGCUCGACGUCGGAGUGCGCCACGGGACGAAAUCACUCAAGCGGGCAGCCUACCCAUCGCCCCGCGUGUUCUGGAUGAUACGAACCCGUUCUCCCCGAAAAAUUCCCCUCCAGACUCCACAAUAGCUCCUAUCCCGAAAGUGCCCAGUGUUGAGAAAACUUUCGAUCCCCCUCUAACGACGCCACUUGCGGAAGUGACAUCACCGGAGAAUUCGACGUCUAUUGCCGCGUCAGACCGCAGAGGGUCUCGAGACUCGAACCCUUUCAGCCCUACCGCGAGUUUCCCACCCGCGCCGGUUGGAAUCAACAAUCCCUUCGGCAUGGACUCCGACGCGGCUCUUCCUGCGACAGAAUCGUUUUCUUCCGCGUAUGUCGCGCCCCUCGCAACGACGCAUACCUCUGGUGAUCCGUUUGAUACGUCGUCGAUCAUUCCUGCUACCGAUAAAGGUACCUUAGACGCUUUCGCAUCGAAAUUCGCCGGGACGGGCGGAGCGUCAACGGCCAGUGAUGCUUUCGGUGGGGUUGGGGACGUGGAUAUCAGCGGAGGCUUCGGAGGAGACGGUUUCCAGAGUGACUCAGAUUACCUCGGCGACGGAAGCAUCCCUCUGCCUCAAGUACCCGACAACACCCCUGUGAAGAGAGCGAAUUUCGCCGAUUCCAAAGAUUCAUUCGAUGACGACGAUGAUGACGAACAGGAACACAUGAAGAUCACGAUCAGACCGAAACUCCGACCUCUCGGCAUCUCCACCGGGGUGCCGACGUUGGCAGCACCUCCGAAGCUGCUCCCGCCGCCCAAGAGCCCUCUGCGACAAGCAGGCUAUCAAGUGCAACCGGAUCGCUUCAAUCCGUUCGAAAAGGGAUCCCUGAGAACGGCGCAGGCGGCAGAUGACCAGCUCUUCAGUGCAUUUGAAGACGCUCUGAACGAUACGAUCACCGUGGACGUCAAAGAGGAAAAUUUGCCCCCGGCUCUCGGCGAAUCGGGCGCGAAACAAGCCGAACCUCUCUCCCCGUCGACUCCUCUAUUCGACGAAGAUACCUCGCAACCUCUACCGGAAUGGAGACCGAAGAGGGAUCUCAAUGACGGUUGGGAAUUCUAUCUCCGCUGGCCCAACAAGAAGAAAUUCACCGGCACCCGGUACUGGAAACCCGUGUAUGUGAAGUUCGCCGACACAACAAUCCUCUGGGUGAUGAACAAGAAAGACGAUUCUGACCCAAUCCAAGAAGUGCCUCUCCAAGGCUGCUACUCCUUGUCGGAGAUGGCCCAUCAACCGCUGGAUCAGUUCAAGAAAAUCUUUACCAUCAAGCUCCAGUACACCUUCUACAAGGAGACCGUCGGCGUCCGUAAAGGCCAAAUAGCCAAGAUAAUUUCGGGACAGGUAAAUUCAAUGGGAUCGGUAGCGAAGCUAGGUCUCCCACUGCAACACGCUCCACAGCUCACAGAACUACUGAAACUAGGAACCGCCGAUAUAGAAACCGUGCGAACAUUCGUGCAAGUCAUCGAAGACGUCCUAUACGGACUGCAGAUUCACCGGGACCGUGCUUUGACAUACAAAGCCGAGGAAAUCCAAGCGAUGGUCGUCGACGAGUACGCUGUGACCGUGGACAAGACGGGACACGUCUGUUCGCAAAAAGCCCGAGUUCGGCUGUUCUUCUUGGCAUUCGUAAACGGAAUGCCCGACGUCGAAGUCGGCAUCAACGAACUCAGUCGUCAGGGCAAAGAAGUCGUUGGGAGACAUGACAUCAUGCCCAUCGUCACCGAAGAAUGGAUCCGAGUGGAAAACUACGAUUUCCACUCAUGCGUUGACCUUGAAGAAUUCGAAAACAGCAGAGUCAUCAAGCUCCGACCACCCGACGCCACUUUCUUCGAGCUGAUGCGUUUCCGAGUGCGUCCGCCUCGUCAGAGAGAGCUUCCGAUUCAACUGACGGCUGUGCUCAAGGUCAACGCACCGAAAGUGCAAUUGAAAGCUGAGGUACUUGUGCCCGGAUAUUCCUCGCGGAAGCACGGUCAAAUUCCCUGUGAAGACAUUGCAAUGUUCUUCCCGAUCCCCGAAUGUUGGGUAUAUCUGUUCCGCGUGGAGAAACAUUUCCGCUACGGUGCGCUGAAAAGCACCAACAGACGCCACGGGAAAAUCAAAGGUCUGGAGAGGAUCAUGGGCGCCGCUGCUGGCGGGAACAUCGAGAAACAGCUCAUAGAGGUCACCGCUGGCCAAGCGAAAUACGAGCCCGCACACAGGGCCAUCGUAUGGCGAGUGUCUCGACUGCCCAAAGAAGGGCAAGGUGCAUACACACAACAAAUGAUGACGGUCGAUUUAGAGCUCACUUCAUUCGAUCAAAUCCCUUCUGAAUUCGAAAGCGAUCUCAGAGUCGAAUUCACGAUGCCGGCGUCAACUGUUUCGCACACAACAAUUCGCUCGAUAUCUUGUCCGACGGACGCCGAUCUUCCCGUCGAAAAAUACUGUCGUUACAUCGCAAAGCACGAAUACAAUGUGGAAAUGGAUGUGCAAAUCGGCACUGGUCCCAUGGAGCCCACUCAACCCGCCGUCACUCGCGUCGAGGCCAAGCAACCCGUGCCCGGAACACCGCCGGCCAUGGUGCGGCAAACCGAGAACGCGGGUUCUGAUUCCGAGUACUCUGAUUAGAGUCAUUGAACGUUGAAAGGAGAAAUAUAUUGUCUGCCCGGCGAUCCCACGAAUACGAUCGCGAUACGAACAAUAGGACGCCAUUGCAUUCAAACGUAUGCACAGCGUAAAGUCUCCUGACAUGAUUGUCGCAAGUGCCACUUCACCUUUACGCAAUCACACAUAGUGUCAAGUGGAAGUUCAAGCUUUUGAUGAGCCGCGCAGUACCGA